UCCUCGACAGAUCCGCGACGGGCGUGCUCGGGCUCGGAAUCGUCGGAUCGCAUGCGACGAGGUCUGCCGAGGAAGUUCCCCGUGGCCGGGGUGGCCCGGACCGUCGUCGUGGCGUCGGGGAAGGGAGGGGUCGGGAAGUCCACCACGGCAGUGAACUUGGCCCUGGCCCUGGCGCAGAGCGAGGGGGACGAGCGGGUGGGGAUCCUGGAUGCGGACAUCUACGGCCCGUCCAUCCCCAUCAUGAUGAAGAGGCACGACGAACCUCGAGUGAACAAGCAGAACCUGAUCGUACCUCACGUUCAGUACGGCGUCAAAUGCAUGUCCAUGGGAUUCCUGGUGGACGCGAGCAAGCCGAUCGUCUGGAGGGGGCUCAUGAUCAUGUCGGGGAUCCAGAAGCUGCUGCGCGGGGUGGCCUGGGGACCCCUGGACUACCUGAUCGUCGACAUGCCUCCCGGGACCGGAGACACCCAGCUCUCCAUCGCGCAGAGCAUCCCCGUCGAUGGAGGGGAUGCGAUCUCCUUUGUUUCGUUCCUCGGGGGAUGCGCGCUUCGAAAGCGACCUCCUUUCUCGCCCCUCGAGGGGAUCCCGACGCGAAUGCAACCUCCUUUCCCCUUCUUCCCUCGAGGCGCCGUGAUCGUGACGACGCCGCAGGACGUGGCCCUGGUGGACGCUCGGAAAGGAGCGGCGAUGUUCCAGCAGACCGGCGUCCCCGUCCUCGGGCUGGUGCAGAACAUGAGUCGGUUCGUCUGUCCCGGCUGCGGGCGGGAGAGCCACAUCUUCGGGCGGGGUGGCGCCGCUCGACUCGCGGCGGAAAUGAAUGUGGACCUGAUCGGUGAUGUCCCCAUCGACCCUGCAAUCCAAGAAACGAGCGAUGCGGGUCUGCCGAUCGUUUACUCCCAACCGCAGAGCGAACAGGUACCGCAGUCGCCCUCCGUAAAAGCAGUUCGAUGUGAAAUAGUCACGUUAGACGAUUUAAAAUCGUCCAAUCGCCAGUUGGCGACCGAUUAUCGCUGA